UUUUUGUCUACGAAAUGUUCAAAUAUUGGCAUCAUCAUCAAAUCCUAGACGAUCAUUGUAGGCAAUUGGAUUCAACUUAAGGCAAAACUUAAUACCAUCACAUCAUCUGCAUACAUCGUCAUUAUUAUCAUCUGAUCAUAACAGAAAGCGUGUAAACAGCUUAUAAAUUAAGAGUAUUAUUAAACAAAAAUAAUUUUGAAAUUAUUGGCAGGCAGCUCAUAGAAUAAGGAAAUCCAAAAGGCAAUUUAAUAGAGAACUGAAGAACGAAGUAAAGAAACCAAAAGACAUUCCAUCAUUCCCCCGUCCUCGAUUAAGUGUUUCUUGUUUUUAUUUGCUCUCCUCUAAAUAAAUUUUAGAGGAGUUUCUUGGAAUGUUGGAAUAUCCUCAACGAUUUGCGCGUAAUAUCCCUGAACCCUCAACAACAACACAAAACAAUACACAUCACAGUCAUCAUUUGCAUCAUCAACAACCACAGCCACUGCCACAUCAAAACUAUCAACAACAACAGCAACACAUAGUUGUGGGAUCACAUUAUCAUCCACACUCACAGCAGGGAUCUUAUCCAACAACACCAGCUUCUCCGGCUCAUCAACCACGCUAUCCACAGCCACCACCACAGCAUCAUCAGCGUAAUUUAUCGACAGCAUCUUCCUGUAGCGCUCAACAUAAAAGUGUCACCUUUAGUCAAGUAACAACUUCUAAUAGUGGCGAUUAUAGUGCUGGCAGUAGUAGCGGAAAUUCUAGUUGUGGUGGUCAACAAUCAAUGGCGGGCAAUAUGAAGCACGGUAAUGAUUUUUAAAAUAUUUGUGGAAAUGAUUUUCUAUAUUUAUAAGAGAAGAGUUUAAAUUUUUUUUUUUUAAAGGAAAAGAAAUAAUUUUAAACAAAACAAAUUGAUAAUGAUUUUUGAAAUAAUCAAAAUAUUUUCUAAUAUUUAUCUCUCUUUUACAGCAUAAAGAAAAAAGUGAAAAAAGGUUCAGGCUCGAAAACAUUACCCAAUUGUUCUCCAUCAAGACAAAUCGAAAGUCCAACAAUGUCGCGAAGACUGCCCCCAGAUCCAUCAGAGGCUAUUGGUUCAGCUAUUGUUAAAUAUAAUUAUCAAGCACAACAACCGGAUGAGUUGUCACUAACCAAGGGUACACGUAUACUUAUAUUGGAGAAAUCCAACGAUGGUUGGUGGCGAGGACAAAGUGGUAAUGCCGUGGGCUGGUUUCCAAGCAAUUACACAACUGAAGAUUGUGAUAAUGAUGGUGAGAUACAUACAUAUGCAAUGGCUGAAAAUGUAUUAGAUAUAGUGGUGGCUUUAUAUAGCUUCAAUUCAAAUAAUGAUCAAGAAUUAUCAUUUGAAAAAGGCGAUCGUUUAGAGAUUGUUGAUCGUCCUGCCUCCGAUCCCGAUUGGUAUAAGGCACGAAAUAAUCAGGGUCAAGUCGGUUUAGUUCCACGCAAUUAUUUACAAGAGUUAAAUGAUUAUUUGGCCACACCCUAUCGCAAUAAUGGUGGGGCAGCGGGCAAUGGUAAUGCUGGUGGCAAUGGUGGAGGAGGUGGUGGUGGUGGCAGCAUUGGUGGCGGUGCAAAUGCUAAUGGUGACUCAAUCGAUCGUCGGGCCGAUGGUAUGCCACAAAAUUCACCACCACCCAUGGAAAGGCCAAAUUUAGCGGGUAAAUCAUGGUAUUAUGGAGCUAUAACACGCAGUCAAUGUGAUACGGUCUUAAAUCAACACGGUCAUGAUGGUGAUUUUCUAAUACGUGACAGUGAAACUAAUAUGGGUGAUUAUUCAGUUUCUCUUAAGGCUCCAGGACGUAAUAAACAUUUCCGUGUUCAUGUAGAGAACAGCAUGUACUGCAUAGGCCAACGUAAGUUUCAUACUUUAGAUCAACUAGUAGAUCAUUACCAAAGAGCGCCCAUCUAUACAAAUAAACAGGGUGAAAAAUUAUAUUUAGUACGACCGUUACCAAAAGCCAAUGGUACGUAAAUUAUUUAAUUCAAACAUUUGAAAACAAAGAACAAAAACCUCAAUUACCCCUUUUAUAUGAACAACAACAACAACAUCAAAGGUUUAAUGUUGUAAAAGGAAAUAAAAACUUGAAAAGAAAGAACUGUUUUUCUUUUUUUUUUUUUCAAAAACUAAACCUUAAAAUGAAGAAAGAUAUACAUAUUCAAUACUUAACACGGAGAUACCAUUUACCAAUUACGCUAAAUAUGUUGUCACAAUAUCACCUUUAAACAAGAAAACAAAACAAAAAAGUAAAUAAUAAAAAAAAUUGUAGUUUUUCAAAACCAUACAACAAAACAAUUUCAUAUUUAUAUAUAUACAAAUACAUACUUUAAAAAAAAUACAAAACAAUUUAUGAAUGAAAAGAAAAAUACUUACACAAGGCGUAAAAUAUAUUUAAACGAAAACAUAAUUGUCAAAUUACAUUUUACAUUUAUAGCUACAUAUACAUACAUAUGUACAAGUAUAGAGAACACAGGUCGUUUAAGUUUGAAACAAAAAGUCAAAAUCCAGAGUUAAAACAUUUCUUAAAGAUUGAGAAAUUUUUCCCGUCACAUUUUGUAUUUCCCAAUUUUCCUAAAGAAAAUGUUCUAGAAGAUUUUCUGGGAUUGUUCGGAUUUGCUUAAAAAUUGCAUAUAAUUGUUAUGUCUGAAGUAUUUUAUCGAGUUUUGUUAAAAAUUUGAAUUCCCAUUUUAUUUAUAAAAAUCCCCAUUUUGGGAAUUUAGUUAAAUUUGCUAUAAAUUGAUGAAAAUUUUAAGAAAUAUAUUCGUUUUAGAGUAAUUUCUGAAAAAUUUAGCAAAAAAUUUUAAAUUUCCUAUUUUUCUGGGGAAAAUUUUCAUUAGGGAAGUUUCUGGGAUUGUCCGAAAUUGCUUAAAAAUUGCAUAUAAUUGUUAUUUCUGAAGUAUUUUAUUGAUUUUUGUUAAAAAUUUAAAUUCCCAAUUUAUUAAUGAAUAUCCCCAAAUUGGGAAUUUAGUUAAUUUUAUUAGAAAUCUAUGAAAAUUAUUAAGGAUUUAUUGGUUUUUAAGUAAUUUCUGAAAAAUAUUGCAAGAUUUUUAAUUUCCCAUAUUUCUGGGGAAAAAUUUCAUUAGGGGAUUUUCUGGGAUUGUCUAAAAAUAAACAAAAUUUACAUAAAAUUUAUGCUUCUGAAGUAUUUUAUUGAUUUUUGUUAAAUAUUUAAAUUCCAAAUUUGUUUAUGAAAAUCCCCACUUUAGGAAUUAAGUUAAAUUUUCCAGAAAUUGAUGAAAAUUAUAAAAUUAUUACUAAUUUUAGAGUAAUUUCUGAAAAUUUUUGCAAAAUUUUCAAAUUCCCCUUUUCAUAAAGAAAAUUUCCAUUAGGGGAUUUUCUGGGAUUGUCUGGAAAUAAACAAAAUUUACAUAAAAUUUAUACUUCUGAAGUAUUUUAUUGAUUUUUGUUAAAAAUUAAAAUUCCCAAUUUAUUUAUGAAAAUCCCCACUUUGGGAAUUUAGUUAAAAUUGCUAGAAAUUGAUGAAAAUUGUAAAAUUAUUACUGAUUUUAGAGUAAUUUCUAAAAAUUUUUGCAAAAUUUUCAAAUUCCCAAUUUUCAGGGGAAAAUUUUCAUUAGGGGAUUAUCUGGGAUUGUCUGAAAUUGCUUAGAAAUAACAUAUAAUUUUUAUAUUUAAAGUCUUUUAUAGAUUUUUGUUAAAAAUUUUAAUUCCAAAUUUAUUUCUUAAAAUCCCCACUUUAGGAAUUUUGUUAAUUUCAUUAGAAAUUCAUAAAAAUUGUUAAGGAUGUAUUAGUUUUUAAGUAAUUUCUGGAAAAUAUUGAAAUAUUUUCAAUUUUCCAUUAUUCUGGGGAAAAAUUUCAUUAGGGGAUUUACUGGGAUUGUCUGAAAUUGCUUAAAAAUAAUAUAUAAUUGUUAUAUUUGAAGUCUUUUAUGGAUUUUUGUUAAAAAUUCUAAAUUCCCAAUUUAUUUCUGAAAAUCCCCACUUUGGAAAUUUAAAUAAAUUUAAUGUAAAACUUAAAAAAAUUUAAAAUUGAAUUGUUUUUAAAGUAAUUUAUGAAAAAAAUAACAAAAUUUUUAAAUUCCUUUUUUAAAAAGACAACAUUUUUUCAAGGGGAUUUUCUGGGAUUGUUCGAAAUUACUUAUAAAUUAUACAUUAUUCUUAUUUCUUAAGUAUUUUAUUAAUUUUGGUUAAAAAUUUAAAUUCCUAAUUUAUUUUUGAAAAUCCCCACUUUGGGAUUUUACUUAAUUUUGCUAGAAAUUUAUGCAAAUGAUAAAGCUCCGUAUUCAUAAAAAUAUUAAACGCUUAUUUAAGGUUUUUUACACACAUUUUUCUACAAUAAACCAUCAAUAACUUUAUUAGGCAUUUAUGAGUAUGGGGGUUAAGUUUUAGAUUAAUUUCAUAAAGAAAAUUUUUGCAAUAUUUCCCUUUUCUCUGAGAAAAAUUAAAGUAAAUGUGUCGACUGCUGAGUACUGUAUGACACUUAGUUUUUAGAAAAAAUAAACUCUGGCCUCUGUUUUCAACACCUGCUGACUUGUGUAAUCAAUUAUAUUUAUAAAUUAAUUCUUUGACGUUGUUUUUUAAUUAAGAUUUUCUUUAACAUCUUGCAAAAAAUUUGCUACAAUUUAAAAUUGUAUAUUAUUUAUAACAAUUUGUGAUUUUUAAGUUUAAAUUAAAAUUUACCUAAAACUCGAAUAAGUUCCUUAUUUGUUAUGUUGUUUUUUUUACAAAUAUUCAACUAAAUGCUAAAACAACAUCAAAGAAUUUAUAUAAACGAUUUAUACUUGUACAACAACAACACAAAUAUAUUUAAAUAUAUAGAAAAAAAACUCAUAAAUUAAAACCAAGAAAAACUUUUAAUUUUUUGCUAAUUCAGCUUAAAAGCGUGAUCAUUCUAAAAAAAAAAACAAACGAAAUGAAAUGAAAAAAAGUCAUCUUUAAUUUAAAUACAAUUUGAAAGAAAGUUAAAGAAAUUUGAAAAACAACAACAUCUCUAAAUAACCAGAAAAACUGUCAACCAUAACGUAUAUAUAUAUAUAAAAAAGAUAUAAAUUUACAUAUUCAUAUAGGAUAUAAAUUUAAUAAAUAUACCUUUACAUCCUUUCAAAUCAAGAAAAUGAAUACCCUACUGACAAAAACCCCAACCCCCCUCCCCUCACA